AUGCCGGAUCUUCUUAUUCCUGCCCUGUCAGCCAUUCGUCGAGGAGGCAGAUUAUUCCCCUCUCCAAGGGAGCUGAUAAACCUGUUCGGACUCGAUCGAGACGGCUGUCUGAAGUUCUCGCAAACCGCGUCAGCGCUCCUGCCCCUUCACGCUCGCGGUGAUGAUGAGGAUGUUGCCAACCCCACAGUGCUGGUGAGUUUGGAUGCAAAGAACGCCUUCAACUCCCUCGACCGCCAGGCUCUCUUCGAUGCAAUCGAGGGACGUGCGAGUCGCGACUACUUUGAUGGGAGCAUCACUGAAGGCGCUCGCUUGCCCUCUUGCGAGCAUCUCCGUUUGUUCGCCUCCUACCUCUCCAGCUACUAUGGAGACUCUGCUGACCUUCGACUCUUUCACAAAAGUCAGUCAGCCUCCGUUCAGUGUACCUCGGGCGUCUGUCAGGGCGAUGUCCCCUCCAGCGUAUUUUUCUGCCACAGUAUCCACCCCCUGCUCCUCCAUAUCGCAGAGCUUUUUCCCUCUGUUCGAGUCUUGGCCUAUGCUGACAACGUCGUGCUUGUCGGUCCACUCGAGGAUGCCGUUGCAGCUACGUCCGCUAUGAAGAAGUACAUGUUGGCUGAUCUGAAGCUAGAGAUUCAACCUCGCGAGUCGAAAGUUUACAUCCCCUCCUGGCAUCAACAGCAUGAUCUCUCGCAGCUGAAGAAGAGCCUUAAGCGCCGUCUCAAGACUCAACUCCUUCACUUCGAGGUCGUCACUGGCGGGAUUACACUUGGCGGCCUGCCUAUCGGCACGGAUGGAUUUCAUGCUAGUCAGCUCCGAGCGCAGGUUUCUACCCUCAACGAAGAGCUCUCGAAGCUCGGGCUCGUCCAGCAUGGCUUCAUGUUCAAGACGCUGGUGAGGGCGAGCCAUCUCCAGAAGCUGCGCUUCUUCCUCCAGGGGUCUUCUCCGUUUCUCCCGCGGGUCCAAUCACAGAUUCGUCGCUUUGACCUCUCUGUCCACCUGGCGCUUGAGAAAUACCACCGCUGGCCUUCCUCGCAGUACCUCGCCGCGCAUCCCGACCUGCUCGAGUUUGCGAGGUUCAAGCGGGAGCUUCCGCAUAGUCGGGGAGGGGACGAGUUCACGCCCUCUGAGGGUCUACACCCCGCUGUUUACUAUACGGCUAUCGCUCGCUUCCUCGCUUGGUACUCUGACCAGCCGAUGUCCCGGACGCUGCUCUCUCCUCAUAGCCUGGACGUUCACUGCUCGAGAUCUCUCCGUGCCCAGAAGCAUCCUCUGGCGACCUUCUUCGUUGAGGCGCACGACUUCGUUCAUAAUGCUGGAGCGAUCCUCUACCGUCGUGUGAGGGCUCCUGCACCGGCUGCAGAUGGCGCGCCGAUCCCACCUGCCCCGGCUGCUGUGCCUGAUGACGCAGGACGCCCCCCGGCAUCUGUGGUACACAUCCCUGGUUUGCGCGCUCUCGUCGACUCGUCUCAUGAGCACUUCAUUCCUCCGCCUGCGCAGCGAAAUGUGACCCCUCUUGUCUGCGCGGCUUCGCGCUUGGGCUGGCGCUGCCGCGUCUGGGUGCCAGCAGUGCUGGUUCUUUUCGGGCUUGUGUUUUGUGUGUGA